UAGUAGCAGCAUCGGCAGCAGCAGCGGUUUCGCUCCUUCCCCCCUUCCGUCCGUCCGUCCGUCGGGACCGGGUGGCGCGGCCAUGGCCAAGGGCCAGGCGGUUGUGACCGCGGCUGUGAGCGGCGGGAGGCGGGCGCUGCUGCUGCUGCUGCCGUUGCGCUCGCGCGGCGCCCGGGGCGCCGCCUCAAGUGACUGCCGAGCGCCCCCGUUCCCGGUGCACCGCUGCCUUGGUGACUGGCAGCGGCUGGUGGUUAGCGGCAGCGCAGGGCGGGGAAGGCACGUCGGUGGGACCCGUGGGGAGAGCCGCUGCGGGGAGCGCGGUGUAAGCGUCUCUGCAUCACCAUCCAUACAAAGCAAAGAGAAUGUUUCCUUUUUGGGAAAUAGGAGGCUUUUUUUUGACACUCAUGCACUGGUAUGCCUCUUGGAACAAAAUGGGUUCACUACUCAGCAGUCGGAGGUCAUUGUAUCUGCAUUAGUGAAAAUUAUGAACACCAACCUGGAUAUGAUUUACAAGGAUAUGGUCACCAAAGUACAGCAGGAAAUUGCUCUUCAGCAAGUAAUGUCCCAUAUUGGUGGCGUGAAAAAGGACAUGAUUAUCUUGGAAAAAAGUGAAUUUUCAGCACUUCGUUCAGAAAAUGAGAAAAUAAAACUUGAACUCCAGCAGAUAAAGAAGGAAGUCAUGGAUGAAAUUACCAAAGUUCGUGCUGAUAACAAGUUAAACCUAAACCUAGAGAAGACCAGAGUAAAAGAAUUGUAUUCACGUAAUGAAAGAAAACUACUUGAAAUGAGGACAGAAAUAGUGGAAUUGCAUGCGCAACAAGAUCGAGCUCUGACCCAAACAGACAGAAAAAUAGACACAGAAGUUGCAGAUCUGAAAACAAUGCUGGAAACACACAAACUUGAUAAUAUUAAGUACUUAGCAGGUUCAGUAUUUACAUGCCUUACAGUAGCACUGGGAUUUUAUCGUUUGUGGGGAUAAUAAAACAUGAAUGUAAAGGGACAUCUACUGUCUUCAUUUCUGGGUAGGAAAAAAAGAAAACAAGGAGUUUUGUCUUUACCCGGACUUCAACCAAGUCUUGACUGUUUUAUUUAUUUUGUAAAGCAGACUGCAUAGAGAAUGUAACCAAAGAUGUGCCUAGAAACAAACUGUACACAUACUGUGCGUAUUUUGAAACUUACCUCUGCUGAAAGCAUAGUAUAUGCAUUUCUGCCAUUUGCCUCCACUCGGAACUGCAGUGUGUGCACCUUGCUGCUGCUGAGUGUCAUCAAAGCAGAGACUGGCAUUCACACCGAUCAUCUGGGGCUGCCUGCUCUAGAGAAGACUGUGUGGGAUUAUGUUCUGCGACCUGUUCACACCUGCUCGCUGAAGUCAGUUGCAUGUAUCAGACUGAAGUCCUGACUGUUAAUGUAAAGCUGAAACUACAUGUUUUGUGGCUUGGAGGCACUCUUGUAUAAGUAGAAUUUGUGUUAGCUGAAUCAUGCUUACCUCCCUCCUUCUAACACUUGUUCAUACAGUUACUAUGAUCAAAUAUUUGGUUUGCUAUUUUUAUAACAUUAUAGUUAUUAGCUUGUUUUCCAGAUGGCUAUCCAAUCAGUCAUGUUUUAUGACAAGAGUACUGUGUAGUGAUAGCAGUGUUUGCUGCUAGUUUUGUUUGUAAUAUAUUUGUAGAGGUUUUUGUGACUAACUUGCUUUUGAUACAUGUAAGUAUCUGAUACUCAUUCCAUAUGCUAAUUGUUAUCUUUACCACUGUAACUGGAAAUUUCCAAUGCAGUAAAAUACACUAGUUGUAUUAAUUUA